ACCGCAUUGACCUCCAAGAUGUCGUCAAAUCAAUUUACUGUGGCGUCGCCACCUACGGAUGCUAUCUCCGCUUUAAAGUUCUCGCCAGACCCCGACUCGACGCGGAUCGUCGUUUCGUCAUGGGACAAGAACGUUUAUCUGUACGACCUCCGAGACGAGAACGGUGUCGUGGGCGAGGGUAAGCUCUUGCAAAAGUUUGAGCACCGAGCUCCAGUGCUGGACGUAUGUUUCGGCGAGACUGAAAAUGAGAUCUAUACCGCGGGUCUGGAUUGGGAUGUGCGGAAGAUCGACCUAAACACCUCUGAACAGACUGUCAUGAGCAGCCACGAAGCUGGUGUGCGCAACGUCGUCUACAGCCGCGAACACAACCUUAUCAUCUCCGGCUCGUGGGACUCAACCCUCCAUGUGCACCGCCCCGACGCCGGAACAAACACUCAAUCCAUCCCAUCUACCAUUCCACUCCCCUCAAAGCCCUUUUCCCUCUCUCUUACACCCACCAAGUUGGUAGUGGCCAUGGCGUCGCGCGCCCUGCACAUCUACGACUUGGAGGCAUUGGCUCUUCUCACCGCACAGGCUGAUAGCGACACCGCCAACGGCAACACAGUGGAACUCGAGCCCUGGCAACGGCGGGAGAGCAGCUUGAAGUUUAUGACGCGGUGUGUCGCGUGCAUGCCCGACGAUGCCGGAUAUGCUUCGUCUAGUAUCGAGGGCCGUGUGGCGGUCGAAUGGUUUGACCCAUCUCCCGAGUCCCAGGCCCGCAAGUACGCAUUCAAGUGCCACCGUCAGACUGCAGAGGAUGGCGUCGAUGUCGUCUACCCGGUGAAUGCGCUCGCGUUCCAUCCUAUCUUCGGCACAUUUGCAUCCGGUGGAGGUGACGGUGUCGUUGCGCUGUGGGAUGGUAUCUCCAAGCGCCGUAUCCGCCAGUAUCAGAAGUAUCCUUCCAGCGUGGCUGCUCUCGGGUUCAGCGGGAAUGGCAAGUAUCUGGCCAUUGCGAUCAGUCCUGGCUUUGAGGAUGGCAAGGAUGACGUUCCCGAGGGAGUGGUCAAGAUUAUCGUGAAGGAGCUGGGCGAGACGGAAGCCAAGGCCAAGGGGGCGAAAUAGAUCAGGCAAGCAAGGUACAUAUGCUUGCUGGGGAUGAACUAGGAGAAGCACCCCUUUGAUACCAAACAACCGAAUCUAAUGAAUCAUGUUCAAUUGGCCAUUGCCCGGUAGUCUAAUCGCUGAGUGUAGUUCAGGAAAACGUCUCUUCGACUCUAGGCAUCUUGGUAUCAUCUAAGAUUAUGUAAAAGGACUUGCACCGUCUCAAGUCCAGCCCAUCCCCAUGCUACACUGCUGUACACGGUCUUCCACUCCGCAUCCUAUACCUAUUGGCUCCGACGUAUCACUCUUCCCAGCACUCUCCCUAGAGCGCCUUCCGCACCGACACGGACCCAUCGGGCAUACCAAAGUACGCCGCAACAGGCCGCUGGCCACCAACACCACCAGCAGCGGUCGCCUCGGGCCCCGUCAGACCCGAGAAAAUACCCACCUCCAGGACACCGGUGAUCUGCUUGAUCUCCCGCGCAAGCGCGUUCACCUCCCAAACACCGUUCUUACCAGAACCGUCCUGGCCAUUGGCAACGUCGGCCUUGGUCAGGAGGGGCUUGAAUGGGGCGUCGAUGAGGAAGAAAUCCUGAUCGGUCUUGAGGGGGCCUUGCUUGGGGUCCUUAUUGGUGCGGAUGACGGGGUUGAUGGAGCCGAGUUCGAGCAGUUUCUUGAGAACGCGGUAGGCAGCAAUAGGUGCGACUUCGAUGGGAACGUAUUUCCAGUUGGUGAGGAGGCGGGAUUGAAGUUUGCGAGAG